CUUUGCAAAGAUUAGGCCUAGGCAUUGGCCAUGUUAAAGAAUUUGAAAGAUCAAUUCCAGCACAUUCCAGCUUAAAAAUCGCUUUUCACGAGUUAUUGGACGUUUCAAUACUAAGAUUUCACUUAUCUUUCCGGUCAUGAAUUGUUAAAAUAUGUGUCGUAAGGAUGGAGCAAUGUCAAUUACUAAGAACUGUCAGAAAUCACUGAAAAUUUAUGUGCUGCUUAACAACUCUUUCUUGACAAUACUAUCGAAAUGGCAUUCACUCCUUACAAUUUUAAGCAUAGCACUUCCUUUCCAGAUGAAUAAUGGGCCUUAAUGAUGCAGUACAAGCACUGAAGAAAGCAGAUAUCCUUAAAGAAAAGGUAGACAGCUGCCGUGACCUUCUUAAUGAUGGAGAUGCAUGGGUAUGGCAACAGCAGUUGCAGCGUAUUUACCAGCAAGUACUUUUGCAAGACUUGGAAUAUGCCUUGGAUUGUAAAGUGGAACAGGAGCUUUGGAACUACGGAUUCAAGAACUACAUCUGCAUACUUCAGAAUAUGGUGAAAGACAAGAAGAAUCCAAAGAGAACUGAGUCGCAAGCUAUGUUAACAUGGUGUUUAGAAGCAGCAAGUGGAUUUUACUUGACACUGUUGCAAGAAAUUUGCACUGCCUUUGAUCUUGAUUUGUCUUGCCGAAGGAGGGAUUCCGUUUAUGGUAUCACUGACUUUAACAUUGCUCCUAAUGGAUUGAUACAACCCAAUACAUCAUCAUGUUCUUAUAUUUGUCAGCAUUGUUUAGUACAUCUUGGAGAUAUAGCUCGAUAUCGUAACCAAAAUAGGCAGGCUGAAUCAUUUUACAGACAUGCAGUUCAGCUCUCACCCCAUUCUGGCCAACCCUAUAAUCAGCUGGCUCUUCUAGAUUCUAGCCGAGGUGAUCGACUAGGAACUGUAUUUCACUAUGUGCGAAGUGUUACAGUAAAGCACCCAUUCCCUGCUGCUGCAACAAAUUUAAGACGAAUGUUUGGUAGAUUUGCUGAAGAUCAAUUGAAUUUGGAUGGGCGUAGCAAACUAACUGUUCAAGAGUAUGUUGCCCUGUUCCUCAAGUUUCAUGGCUUACUUUACCUUGGUGCUGAUCUUACAGCCUGUAGUCGCACCAUUCGUCUCUUGACUGAUACAUUAACUGCUCAGGUGGCAACAGAGAGCUUUACAUCAAGGAAAUUGGUUCAAAUGUUGGCUGUCAACUUAUGUGCCUUACACCAAGCCCGGGGAAAUAUUUUUCCUCAAGAAAAUGAUAAAAUUUGGGACAAACAGAGCCAUCUUUCGCAGAAAUUGUCUUCAACCCAGAAGCAGGCAAAGGGUCUUAUUUUAGAUCUCAUGGCUGGCUCUUUGUCAGCUCUUCUACUGCCAGUGUACACCAUAAGAGAGAGUGAGGCACUGUUGGAAUAUUUUGCUCUUCCAUCAAUAAAACUCACUGUGGACUGGAUAAGACUUGAGCCUGAUGUGUUAAAUGAUCCAGCUUUCACAUCCCGCCUGCAAAUCUGGCCAAGCCUUUGCAAACUGUUGAAUGGCAUUCAGUGUUUGCUAGAUUCCUCUGACCAAUCUAAUAAAUUGUCAUCUGUUCCACUCCCAGAAGAUCGUGAGCUUCAGGGCUUUUUGCCGCUUAACAAAGCUAUGCAGGAUUUGAGGUUUAAUUCUGAAGAAACAAAAGUUGAUACAAUGGAAAUAAAUCGUUUACGGGCUUCUAGACUUGUUAAUUUUGGUGUCUGGUUAUCCAAGCAAGAAGAAAUUGCAGUAAUAACAUCAAGAGAGACUCACCAUGAAAGUUCUACGACUACUUGGUCAUUUGAAGCUAUUGCUAGUGGGCAGGCUCCAUCCAGUGAAUUGAUUCGAGAACUUGAACAGUUAAGUCUGGGUGUGGGCAAUUGUCCACAGCAACCAUCACCAUCCCCAUCUGAUGCAGGCAGUUGGGGUGGAAGUAGCACAUCAACUCCUGGAGGUGCCGUGAGCCCCCCUCCUGUCCCACCUGUCAUCCUGGAACAGAUCACACAGGUCCCAGAAAAGAGAACUGGUAUUUUGAAGCCCCAAGGUUCACUUGAAAAGUCAAGGGAAAAAGAAUGUGUUGACAUGGAGGAGGGAGGACUUACAGUGGGAUCUGGCCGUAGAAUAGCGAGACAAAAUAUUGCCAUGCAGACAAUAUUGCGCAAGGGGGUAACACUAGCACCAGAGACUGAUGUAAAGCAGGUGUCAUUUAAGACUCCAUCGCCUACUGCACUUGACCGCAGUGAUGGUUGGUGCAGCCAGAAACCCAGUAUCAGUGCCAAACCUAUACAACCCCAACCGGUUGUCCCACAGCAGUCUCACCUACUUCCUCAGCCACCUGUGCAAAUUCCAUCUAAAUUCUCACAGCCACCCCCACCUCUUCAGCAAUUACAACAGCAAGCACAAGCCAGGGUAGUGCAUGUGCCACCACCGCCAAUGUUUCCUCUGCCACCAAUGUCUGUUCCUCCACCUAGCAUUAAACCUAACAUGGUUGAUGCCACUGGCCACAAAUUUGUUGUUCCAGAAAAUCCUAUGCAAAUGCAUCCACCAUAUGGAGGGUGGCAAGAAGAGCAACAUGAUUCUAACAACAGAAAUCCCUGGUGGCCUGUAUCCUCAGAGCAGCCUCCACAUCCUAGCAACACCAGGUCUCUGACGCACAAUAUUCCCUUGAGUAUGAUGAAUGCGCCAGUCAGUUGGGGAUCCGUGCAUCCCACUCAGCAGCCGUUCAGGCCAGCUAUGCAUCAGCAUCGAGCGUCUCAUUUCCAGCAGCAGGGAUCUAAUGCCAACCAAACACAAUCUUCAAGGCUUCUGCCGCCACACCAAGCCUCUAUGCAGAACUUACAACAGCUGUACCCAUCUCACUCAGUUCCAGCGCCUAGUCAACAGGAAAGGGAUUCUCCCAACAAUGGCCACAGUUUUUCACCUUACUCCCUCUUUAGUGCCAAUAACUGGCUAUCUCCUGCAAUAUCACCAGGGCGAGGGGCAGUGGAAGCUGGAGGAGGUCCUGAGUUCCCGAAAGAUGACUUUGAACAGAAUAGUGGCAGUGGGGCUGCAAUAAUGGGGGCACAGUCCUUAUGGUCUGGUCCUGGGCCUUCUCCUCUUGAGAGACUGUUAGAACAGCAGAAACAGUUGAGGGAGGGGCCCUCACCCAAGAGUGGAACGUGAAAAACCUAUGAAACGGACACCUUGCUCGCUGGCAGUGAGUCAUAGGUGGCUUAAAUCUUGGAAAAUCCCUGUGAAGUUCCACUCCAGACUUCAUGAAGCAUAAUGCCCAGCACAUAUUUGUUAUGUUUAACGAGUUUUUUCUGGUAUUCAUGCCCAAUAUGUAUGAAAAUUACAGAUACUUUUUAGGUGACUUGUGGGAACAUCAGAAAGUUGUUCUGUUUAGGCUGAAUCUGAAUAGUAUCUGGUGAAAUGUUCGAGUGCAGCUUGAGCAGAAGUGGGCUCUUUCUGACUGAGUUGGGGAGUUGUGAAAAUUUUAUUUGAUGUGCGUAUAUCUUGAAAGGAGCUCAUUAUGUAUAUUGUUUACAGAAGUUGCUUUAUUUUUUCAAGCUGAAUUUCAGGACUAUAUUCCUUUGCAAAGACUGAGGGUUUGAGUUUUUUAAGUUGAAGCAUUCAGGGUGCCAUUUAAGCUGUUUUAUUGAAGGAGAGUUGUUUAAAUUUUCUCCUCACAUUUUUCAGUGGUUAUUUUAUAAUAUUAUUUCACUAUCACGUUUACUUGAAAUUUAUUUUGUGUUCAUCACUUAUUAUGGAGCAAUGGAAAGUGUCAGUCUUCAGGAAAAUGUGCUUUUGGGAAGCACAUUGUUUCUUUAUUAAUAUACUAGCAAUUUGGGAGUGUCUUCUUUCUUUGCUCUUUGGGUUCUUUUUAAAUUUGGACUCUUAAAGUUAAGCAGUCUUCUGCUCUUAUAGUAGUAAUGUACUUAAAAUUUUAAAAGACUCUGUGCGCUUAUUUUGACUAAUUUGUCCAUGAUCAGCUAUUUGCAUUUCAUAGGCAACUUUGUGAACAUCUUACUUAGGCUCUUAAAGCCUGCAAAGCAAAUUAUUAUCAGGAUGAUUACUAGUCAGUCAUUACAAUGACAUGAUCUCGGGUAUGGAGGAAGAAAUGUAUUUGCUGUUUUUACAUUCUGUUGGUUAGCAAGAUUAAAAGUUAGUUUACCAUUUAAAUGAUAGAACAUUGAUUCAGUCUUAGACAUUCAUCAAUGAAAAAUUGAUUGCACUGGAAGUGUACAUGUAAAGCUGGUGAUAAAGAAAGUAAAACAAAUGUUUAAUUUCCAAUUCCAAUUGUAUUUCCAAAACAUCAGUGCUGGUGUAAUUUACAGUUCCAAAGCUGGCAAUAAAAUGUUACUCUUCAAUCUUA